AUGUUAUCUUUUGCUGAUGCAGUAAAUUUUGCUGCAGCCAUCACGCUGGUUUGCGUUGGAUACGUUGGUGUCUGGCGUUUGAUCUGGAGUCCACUGAGCAAAUUUCCUGGACCGAAACUUGCCGCUUUGACGCUUUGGUAUGAAUUCUAUUUCGAUGUGGUUCGAGGCGGCAUGUACAUCUGGGAAAUUGAGCGGCUUCAUAAAAUAUAUGGUCCCAUCGUUCGCAUCAGUCCACAUGAGCUACACGUAAACGAUCCCCAAUGCUACGACGAUAUAUACGCUUCCAGCCAUCGUGCAAGAGACAAGUACACAUGGCAAGUCAAGAGUGGAGAUUCGGCUCAAGCCAUGGGCUUUACGGUAUCGCACGGACUACACAGGAAACGGAGACAAGCCGUGGAUCAUUUCUUCAGCACGCAAAGUGUUGCCAAGUUGGAAGACAGUAUUCAUCAGAAGAUCGAGAAGCUAUGCGGUCGGAUAGAGCAAUACAAAAAGGCACAGAAACCAAUCAACCUUACGGACGCAUACCUAGCCUUGACAAUGGACAUCGUCGAAUCCUAUUCCUUCGGUGUUUCCUCAAAUUUACUGGAACAUCCAACAUUCUCAAGCGAAUGGGGCACUACCAUUACUGGCAUAAUGAGCAAGACUGCUUUACUCAAUCACUGCGGCUGGAUUCCGAAACUUAUCAAGCUCAUGCCGAGAAGAUUGGUCGAAACCAUCGAGCCGAGUUUGGCCAUGAUGAAUGACAUGAAGGAACAUGUUUCGCAACUCAUCAACGCGGUCAUAGAACGGCGUGCUCGUGGAGACAAGGCUCAAUACCGCACGAUCUUCGACAACAUAAUGGAAGACGAAGAGCUUCCUGCCCAGGAAAUGACUGUAGCUCGAUUAACGGACGAGGCAACUAUUCUGAUCAUUGCAGCCUCUGAGACGCCAGCCAAAGUCCUCGCUCUCAUUACAUUCCACCUGCUCCGUCGUCCAGAUUUGGUGCGCAAGAUAAGAGAGGAAGUGAAUGGAGUUACCACGACCGUCUCACAAAGACCAUCGCUCAGUCAGCUUGAACAGUUGCCGUACUUAUCAGCGGUUAUAAAAGAGGGUCUUCGCUUACAUGGUGGCAUUGUCGCCCGUAGCUCUCGCGUUUGCACCAGCGAAACUCUUCGCAUCGGUACCUUUGAUGUGCCACCCGGAACUCCAUUGAGCACUUCUUCAUACUUCAUUCAUCGGAACCCCCACUUGUUUCCUGAGCCCUCACAAUUCUUACCCGAGAGAUGGCUGGUCAAAGAUGAAACACGAGAACUUGACCGUUAUUUAGUAGCAUUUGGCAAAGGAACUCGAAACUGUGUAGGGAAGAACCUAGGCCGAGCCGAGCUCUACCUCGCUCUAGCGACAGUGCUAAAAACCUUCGACUUUGAGCUGUUUGAGACAGACGAGACAGACGUUGAGUUUGGGAGAGAUUGUGGUAAAAGAAGAAGAAAGUUCAGCUAUCAUAACAUUGAGCAAAUCAUCUCCAUCGUUCUACGCAUCUUAUUGUAA